AUGUCUGUCAUCGCUGUGGCUGGUGGAACCGGCAACGUUGGCCGAGCCAUCGUAGAGACUCUUGCACAGUCUUCCAAGCACAAAGUCAUCGUCCUGGCACGCAAGGCGAAGACGGUCCUUGAGAACGUGCCCACUUUGGCCAUUGACUAUACCAAUGUCGAUGCAACCGCCAAAGUCUUGGAGCAGUAUGACGUGGGGGUAAUCAUUUCCGCCAUCCAAGUGACGGACGAGACAUCUUCUGCCGCUGAAAUCAGCCUCAUCAAAGCCGCAGAGCAGUCAUCAACUGCCUCUCGAUUCAUUGCUAGCGGCUGGGGAUCACUCCCAAACGAGGCGUCUCCUACGUUAGCUUUCUCGCGAGCUUCAGAAGAUUCUCUACGCAACACCGCGCUUGAAUGGACGAGAUUCUCAGUUGGCCUCUUCUUGGAUUACUAUGGGAUGCCUGCCAUCAAAACGCAUCUGCCUCCCAUGUCGUUUGCUGUCGACAUGAACAGCAAAAAGGCGGCUCUUCCAGGAACAGGAAAUGAGCCGUUUGCCUUCAUUUACUCUUACGACGUCGGCAAAUUUGUUUCUGCAUUCUUAGAUGUGCCGAAAUGGGAAGAGAUUACGUAUAUCUACGGAGAGAAGACAACCUGGAACGGGUUUAUCAAGGUGGCCUCGGAGGUAUCGGGUUCUACAUUCGAAGUAUCGUAUGACCCCAUUGAAAAGCUAGCAAAGGGCGAAGUCACUGAACUUCCUUCGCACAAAGAAGAGUUGGCCAAAUCUCCAUUCCCAGAGCCUAUUGCUCGCCAACUGUUGGCCGUUCUUGGUUACUGGGUCGUUGGGGGACAGUUUGAUAUACCUGUUGACAAGUCACUCAACAAGAUUUUCUCUUCGAUCAAGCCCAUGGGGGUUCGAGACAUGCUCCUUGCCAGACAGAGUUCCUAA